AGGCAAGCCGAAGAGGAAGAAGAGACGCCGGAGGCGCGCUCUGCGCAGGCGCGCGGCGCCCCACCUCCCCAGCGUCGGCUCCCGGGCGGGCGGUGCGGGCCCUCCCACUCUACCCCGCGCCGUCUCACGGCCCCGGCCCUAGCCUCACCUCGACUACCCUGCGUGCGCGUCCUCCUGCCGGCCUGCAGGCCCGGGGCCUCCGCCUGCUUCCCCACAGCUGCUCUUUGCGGCCCCGCUCGCGUUCACGCUGUCGCCCGGGCCGGCGCGGCCGCGGGCAACCGCUCCCCCUCCCACACCUACCCCGCCCCCUCCCCGCCUUUUCCGCCCUCCGGUCCCCCUCCCUCGGCCCGCUGCUGCUGCUCCAGAUGAGGUGAUGGCAACGGCCAACUUCGGCAAGAUCCAGAUCGGGAUUUACGUGGAGAUCAAGCGCAGCGAUGGCCGAAUACAUCAAGCAAUGGUAACAUCUUUAAAUGAAGAUAAUGAAAGUGUAACUGUUGAAUGGAUAGAAAAUGGAGAUACAAAAGGCAAAGAGAUUGACCUGGAGAGCAUCUUUUCACUUAACCCUGACCUUGUUCCUGAUGAAGAAAUUGAACCCAGUCCAGAAACACCUCCACCUCCAGCAUCCUCAGCCAAAGUAAACAAAAUUGUAAAGAAUCGACGGACUGUGGCUUCUAUUAAGAAUGACCCUCCUCCAAGAGAUAAUAGAGUGGUUGGUUCAGCACGUGCACGGCCCAGUCAAUUUCCUGAACAGUCUUCCUCCGCACAACAGAAUGGUAGUGUUUCAGAUAUAUCUCCAGUUCAAGCUGCAAAAAAGGAAUUUGGACCCCCUUCACGUAGAAAAUCUAAUUGUGUGAAAGAAGUAGAAAAACUGCAAGAAAAACGAGAGAAAAGGAGAUUGCAACAGCAAGAACUUAGAGAAAAAAGAGCCCAGGACGUUGAUGCUACAAACCCAAAUUAUGAAAUUAUGUGUAUGAUCAGAGACUUUAGAGGAAGUUUGGAUUAUAGACCAUUAACAACAGCAGAUCCUAUUGAUGAACAUAGGAUAUGUGUGUGUGUAAGAAAACGACCACUCAAUAAAAAAGAAACUCAAAUGAAAGAUCUUGAUGUAAUCACAAUUCCUAGUAAAGAUGUUGUGAUGGUACAUGAACCAAAACAAAAAGUAGAUUUAACAAGGUACCUAGAAAACCAAACAUUUCGUUUUGAUUAUGCCUUUGAUGACUCAGCUCCUAAUGAAAUGGUUUACAGGUUUACUGCUAGACCACUAGUGGAAACUAUAUUUGAAAGGGGAAUGGCUACAUGCUUUGCUUAUGGGCAGACUGGAAGUGGAAAAACUCAUACUAUGGGUGGUGACUUUUCAGGAAAGAACCAAGAUUGUUCUAAAGGAAUUUAUGCAUUAGCAGCUCGAGAUGUCUUUUUAAUGCUAAAGAAGCCAAACUAUAAGAAGCUAGAACUUCAAGUAUAUGCAACCUUCUUUGAAAUUUAUAGUGGAAAGGUGUUUGACUUGCUAAACAGGAAAACAAAAUUAAGAGUUCUAGAAGAUGGAAAACAGCAGGUUCAAGUGGUGGGAUUACAGGAACGGGAGGUCAAAUGUGUUGAAGAUGUACUGAAACUCAUUGACAUAGGCAACAGUUGCAGAACAUCCGGUCAAACAUCUGCAAAUGCACAUUCAUCUCGGAGCCAUGCAGUGUUUCAGAUUAUUCUUAGAAGGAAAGGAAAACUACAUGGCAAAUUUUCUCUCAUUGAUUUGGCUGGAAAUGAAAGAGGAGCUGAUACUUCCAGUGCGGACAGGCAAACUAGGCUUGAAGGUGCUGAAAUUAAUAAAAGCCUUUUAGCACUCAAGGAGUGCAUCAGAGCCUUAGGUAGAAAUAAACCUCAUACUCCUUUCCGUGCAAGUAAACUCACUCAGGUGUUAAGAGAUUCUUUCAUAGGUGAAAACUCUCGUACCUGCAUGAUUGCCACAAUCUCUCCAGGAAUGGCAUCCUGUGAAAAUACUCUUAAUACGUUAAGAUAUGCAAAUAGGGUCAAAGAAUUGACUGUAGAUCCAACUGCUGCUGGUGAUGUUCGUCCAAUAAUGCACCAUCCACCAAACCAGAUUGAUGACUUAGAGACACAGUGGGGUGUGGGGAGUUCCCCUCAGAGAGACGAUCUAAAACUUCUUUGUGAACAAAAUGAAGAAGAAGUCUCUCCACAGUUGUUUACUUUCCACGAAGCUGUUUCACAAAUGGUAGAAAUGGAAGAACAAGUUGUAGAAGAUCACAGGGCAGUGUUCCAGGAAUCUAUUCGGUGGUUAGAAGAUGAAAAGGCUCUCUUAGAGAUGACUGAAGAAGUAGACUAUGAUGUCGAUUCAUAUGCUACACAACUUGAAGCUAUUCUUGAGCAAAAAAUAGACAUUUUAACUGAACUGCGGGAUAAAGUGAAAUCUUUCCGUGCAGCUCUACAAGAGGAGGAACAAGCCAGCAAGCAAAUCAACCCGAAGAGACCCCGUGCCCUUUAAACUGGCAUUUGCUGCUAAAGGAUCCCCAGAACCUUCACUACUGUAACAUACAACGGUUCAGCUGUAAGGGCCAUUUGAAAGUUUGGAAUUUUAAGUGUCUGUGGAAAAUGUUUUGUCCUUCACCUGAAUUACAUUUCAAUUUUGUGAAACACUCUUUUGUCUACAAAAUGCUUCUAGUCCAGAAGGCACAACCAAGAAUUGGGAUUAAUGAAGCAUUUUGUUUCAUUUACGCAAAUAGUGAUUUACUUUUGGAGAUCCUUGUCAGUUUUAUUUUCUAUUUGAUGAAGUAAGACUGUGGACUCAAUCCAGAGCCAGAUAGUAGGGGGAAGCCACAGCAUUUCCUUUUAACUCAGUUCAAUUUUUGUAGUGUGACUGAGCAGUUUUAAAUCCUUUGCGUGCAUGCAUACCUCAUCAGUGAUUGUACAUACCUUGCCCACUCCUAGAGACAGCUGUGCUCACCUUUUCCUGCUUUGUGCCUUGAUUAAGGCUACUGACCCUAAAUUUCUGAAGCACAGCCAAGAAAAAUUACAUUCCUUGUCAUUGUAAAUUACCUUUGUGUGUACAUUUUUACUGUAUUUGAGACAUUUUUUGUGUGUGACUAGUUAAUUUUGCAGGAUGUGCCAUAUCAUUGAACGGAACUAAAGUCUGUGACAGUGGAUAUAGCUGCUGGACCAUUCCAUCUUAUAUGUAAAGAAAUCUGGAAUUAUGAUUUUAAAACCAUAUAACAUGUGAUUAUAACUUUUCUUAGCAUUUUCUUUGUAAAGAACUAAAAUAUAAACUAGUUGGUGUAUAAUAAAAAGUAAUGAAAUUCUGAGAAGAGUUUUAUCUUAGGAAAAUACAUAUAUAUGCAGUGUGUGUGCCAGUGUGGUAUUAACAAGACUAAUAGUGCAAUUUGAUCCUUACCAAUAUCAUUUCUUAAUUUGAAGUGUUCAUUAGCACCCCAAAAUAUACCUUUUCUAUGUACUGUUAAAGGAAAUUGGCUUCUGAUGCAUGAACAUUUACAUGUACAUUGAAAGUAGUCCAUAAUAGAAGUUAGUUUAAGCCAAGUGUAGACAGUACAUUACUCCCUUGAAAAAGAAUUAAGCUGAAAGAGUUGACUUUGCCUUAAAAGGCAGAUCUAACCCAAGCUCCAUCCAGUACCAAAUGUGAAACUUCAUUGUUAUUUGGUGAGAAUCGCCAAAUUCUCACUAAUACAUUGGUGUAGGGCAUGCUACUUUUUAAACAGCAGCACUUAUUUUUACAAAUUGCUACUCCAAGGAAGAAAACUGGCCACUUUUCAUGUAAAUAUUUUGUUCAAAGAUUUGUAUGUCUCUCUAGGAGUUUUCCCUCAGUUCCCAGGAUGGGGUCCAGGAGUAGAUUAACAGCUAAAAAUCUCCCAAGGAUAUCUUGUUUUGAUUUAUUUCCUCCAGGGAACUAUCAGCUCCUUCACAGGAGCCAGAGGGGAGCUAUGAAUAGAGAGUCACAUGAGCCAGAUUCUUUUCUUUACUGUUCAUAAAACCCAGAGAGUAGUUGUGAAAGAUCCUAAUACAAUUGUGAAAAGCUCUGUAAACAUGAAAUCUAAAACAAAUGUAGAUUUUCACAAUAUGCUUAUUAAUAAAUGAAGUCUAUGGAAUAAGUUUUAGAGAUAAUUUACUUCAGUCACCUUUGUUUUGGAAAGGACUCAGGUUUUCUUGCAGCUGUAAGAUAUAUUCUAUUUGUGUUUAUUUCAAAGGGAAGAGGAAGGAUAGAGAACUGUUACAAUUGACCUUGCAGAGGAUAUUUAAAAAAGGUAGUUUUUGAGAUUAACUAACUUUCAAAGGGCAAUAAAGACAUGUGAAUUUGCUCAUUUUAAAGCACAACAGAUUAGCUUCAAAUUUAUUAUUUGCAUAGGAUGGGUACUGUCUUUGGAAAGUCUCCUUAUAGACAGACAAAUACGCUGCCUUACACUAUGAUGGCUUCAUUCUGAUCAGGUAUUUUAAAAAUUAGUGCCAGAAAAGAUAUUGGAGGUAGUAUAAUACAGUCCUUCAGCUUUACAGAUAGUGAAAACUGAAGGCCAGAAAAGGAACUAAAACUCAGCAGCUCAUAGGCGUAGAGGGAAAUAACCUGAGAAAGCCGAGUUAAAUCUUAAAAUUUUUACUAUAAGGAUAGAGAUGAUACAAGUGAACUUUGCAAAAUAGUUUUGUGAAAUUAAACAAAAAAAAAAUCUACUCAUGUAUAUUUCAUAUAUUUGUUGAACAAAAGCAGCUUGAUGGUUUUGUUCUGGAUUAUACAAUAAGAACAAGCAUUAUUUUAAUUAUGUAGUAACAUUUACUAUAUGACUUUGAAGCCAGAUUUCAAAAUCUGGCUUUGUUAAAUUAAUUGGACCACUCCUUCUAUUAAGUUAGGUAUUAAAAAAAAGCCAAAUAUCAAUAAAGAUAUUUUUAUUAAUUUUUUAUAGAAACAAAAUAGCUACUAUAACUCUGUUAUAGUAUAUUAACAGCACUUAGUAUUAUAUUGAUUUAAACGUAGUAGCUAAUAAAACUUGUUUAUGACAUCUAUUGAAAUUCUCAAUCUGACAGUUUUAAAAUAGCUUAAAACUAAGCACCAGGUAUAUGAAAAAAGUACUGGAAAUUUUGAUUGUCCAGAAAUCAUAGGAAUACUGGGAACCUGUAGUUAUGGGAAAUGGCUGUUUUUCUGAAGUUGAAACCAGUUUCAAUUACAAAACCCUUUGAAAUUUUGCUAAGCCUAUAGUUAUCUCCCUAAGAACCAUAAAAAAAGAUAAUUUUAUUGUUAAUUUCAUUCCAGUUUAGCUUCCUCAUUUUACAUGUAGGGAGUCAUGCCCUUUAAUAUGCCUGGCACUGCACGGUGGCAGUAGCAGACUUGGGCUUACCCAGAACCCUAAGUCUCUGAUGCUAUAGGAUAGCGAAAGAGGUAGGCAAUCAUACUGUAUAGGAUAAAUAGGGAAGAGAAUGAGAGAACCAAAAUAAAAAUAAUUUAAGAAACAAUUGUUUUACUGUACAUGUGAAUAACAAAAAAUGGUACGGGGAAUGUGAAUAACACGAAAUGGUAUGGGGAAUGUGUGACUAGUGAAGCAUAUUUUAACUUUUUUAUUACUGGAGGAACAGAGCUAAAGGCCUAAAGAAGGCCUCACAGUAUAUAACAGUAAAUAGAAGAGUAACAUCUUUAUACAAUAAACUGUUAGAAAUGAUAA